AUGGCUCCAAAAACGGGAAAUGUCAUUGCAUCAAAGAGAAUCAAAAAUCUUUACGAAAUCAAGGCAUCGAAUGAAAGAGAGAACAUAACUGUUCUGAUGACGUUUUCAGCAGAUAGAAGAACACUUCCUCCUAUGGUUGUUUUGCCUUACAAAAGAUCGCCCAACUGGUUGAAAUCAGUCCAAAAUAAGAAGCUUGACUGGGUUCUUGGCAAGACUGAGAGUGGAUGGAUGCGGGGAGAAACUUUUCUUCAAUAUGUGAAAGAUGUUCUUAAAGUUUUGAUAUCCAAGAAUGAUGUUAAACGUCCUGUUCUUUUUUUUGUCGAUGGACACGCUUCUCACAUGUCCCUUGAGUUGAGUAAUUUUUGCAGCAGCAACAUCAUUUUAUAUGCACUUCCUCCAAACACUACUCAUAUCCUUCAACCGGCCGAUGUGGGUGAUUUCAAAGGUAUAAAAUCAGACUAUAAAAAUAUUCUAAAUGAAUGGUGCAAACGUCCAGGUAGUCACGGCAGUACAAUGAAUAAGAAGAACUUUUGUGAUGUGCUAGAAGAGCUCCUAAAUUACAAGGACAGGACUACCAUCAUACAAAAUGCCUUCAAAAAAUGUGGACUAUUUCCAUUCGCCCCUUAUGCCGUAGACUACUCGAAAUGUAUACAAAAUGCCUUAGAACCUUUAAAUGCCACUGUUUCCGAUCUUGGUGGUGAUGUUCGCGGCCCAAAUGUUGAAGCUCCUGAUGGUGUAGAUAUCUGGAGAGUGUUCUGGCGUUCAUUCUGGUGGUGA